GGAGCUCAGCGCGCGCCGGGGAAGGAGGAGCCAGGCCGGGCGGAGCUGCCGCGCUGCAGUACACGAGGAGCCGGAACACGCAUCGCUUCCUCCUCCUUCCCAGCUCCCACCGGCGGAUACUCUGCCCCGCCGCAACCGCCCGGCCUGUCUGCCUGCCCGCCCUCCGGCUUCCCCACGCCAGAGGCUCCUCCUCGCCCGCCGGCUCCGGCUGCGCUCUCUCGCGCUCCCGGCUGCCUCCUUGUCUGGGUCCCUGCUUGCAGCUGCCGCCGCCGCCGCCCUCUUCCUCCUCCUGUCUCUCGCCUGGGCAUCUCGUCCCGUUUUCCCUCUCGGGGGGGCUCUUGCUGUCGGCUGCCGCCUGCUCCUUCCUCGCUUCCCGGAGCCGCCCUCUCAGACCUUGCCUCUCUUUUCUAGAGGGCACCCCAGGCGCAAGAUUUUUGGGACUCCCCCCCCCCGAAAAGCCGCAGGCUCUUUCUCCCACCCCACCCUCGUCCAUCCCUAACAGGAGAAGAACGCAGGUGAAAGAAAGCGCCCCCUGACCUUAUUAUGAGAGCUUUACCGCACCAGUCUCCGUUUAGGUUUUCCAUCUGGACACGGGAUCCUUCGGUGGCCUUGUUUUAUUUCUUGGGCUCCCGCUUCCUCCUCCUCCAAUGAAGCAUAUCCCUAGAAGCUGUGUCCUCUGACAUUUCCCCCCUUCCUUCAAAGAAGCAGCGGCGGCAGCCUGCUAAGGCCAGCAGAUCCUCCUGGGUGUGUUUCAUUUUAUCUUUUUCGCUUGGAGUGGGAGAGAUCAGGAGGCCCAAUGGGGGCGAGGUUCCUGGGGGCUCCUUGCUCUUGCCGGGCUUUGCCCUUCCUGUUCUGCGCAGCGGCCCUCCUGGGGCUGCUGCCGGUGCUCCAGAGCUCCGGCAGCGCGAGCCCUGGGGUCACUCAGCAAGUUUACUCCCCGGAGCUGAAAGCUGCGGUCGAGAGCAUCACCACUGCUCCACCGGUGUCCCAAGACACCCAUCCUGAGUCCAAGCACCCCAAGAACACUUCGGCUCCCGGGAAACACACGCAUCAGAAGGCGUUUCCUGUCCUGGGCAUCGACUACACGCAUGUAAGGAUCCCCUUCGAGAUUGCGCUAUGGAUCCUGCUCGCCUGCCUCAUGAAACUGGGGUUCCAUGUGAUUCCAACCAUUUCCAGUAUAGUUCCAGAGAGCUGCUUACUGAUCGUUGUAGGACUGCUGGUCGGGGGGCUCAUCAAAGCUGUGGGAGAGAUCCCUCCAAUCCUAGAGUCGGAUGUCUUUUUCCUCUUCCUGCUCCCGCCCAUCAUCUUGGAUGCCGGCUACUUCCUCCCCUUACGCCAGUUCACAGAGAACCUGGGCACAAUCUUGAUCUUCGCCGUGCUGGGGACGUUGUGGAACGCCUUCUUUGUGGGCUCGCUGAUGUACGCCGUGUGCCAGAUCAACGGCACUGGUUUGCAGGACACCGGACUCCUGGCCUGUCUGCUUUUCGGCAGCAUCAUCUCAGCAGUGGACCCUGUUGCUGUGCUGGCUGUGUUUGAGGAGAUCCACAUAAAUGAGCUGCUGCACAUUUUGGUGUUCGGCGAGUCUUUGUUGAAUGAUGCGGUCACUGUGGUUCUCUACCACCUUUUUGAAGAGUUUGCUACGUUCGACAAAGUCACCUUUAGCAAUAUCAUCCUGGGGUUCCUCAGCUUCUUUGUGGUGUCUCUGGGGGGCGUCUUUGUCGGGGUUGUCUAUGGCAUCAUCGGAGCCUUUACCUCCCGCUUCACUUCUCAUAUCCGUGUCAUCGAGCCCCUCUUCGUCUUCCUUUACAGCUACAUGGCAUACCUGUCCGCAGAACUUUUCCACCUCUCGGGCAUCAUGGCGCUCAUUGCUGCCGGAGUGGUUAUGCGCCCUUACGUGGAGGCCAACAUCUCCCAUAAGUCCCACACCACCAUCAAGUACUUCCUGAAGAUGUGGAGCAGCGUCAGCGAAACCCUCAUCUUCAUUUUCCCUGGUGUGUCCACUGUGGCCGGGAGGCAUCACUGGAACUGGACCUUCGUCAUCUGCACCCUGCUUUUCUGCUUGAUCGCUAGGGUUUUAGGUGAGGCUGUGGGAGGAAAAGUUGCAAGUGUGGUAGGAGAUGUAGGGGUGGCCUAUGCCCACAGCUUGUGCUGCCGAAGGCGGGCCUCAAAUCUCAGGUGUGUUAAGUUCUUGGAUCAUCUUUUGACGGGGAUUGAGGACAUUUGUGGCCACUAUGGCCAUCACCACUGGAAGGACAAGCUGAAUCGCUUCAACAAGAAAUAUGUGAAGAAGUGCCUAAUUGCUGGGGAAAGGUCGAAGGAGCCCCAGCUGAUUGCCUUCUAUCACAAGAUGGAGAUGAAGCAAGCCAUUGAGCUGGUGGAGAGCGGGGGAAUGGGCAAGAUCCCCUCUGCCGUCUCCACUGUCUCCAUGCAAAAUAUCAAUCCGAAAACUUUGCCUGUGGAACGCAUCCUGCCAGCUCUGUCAAAGGACAAAGAGGAGGAAAUCCGUAAGAUCUUGCGCACCAACUUGCAAAAAACCAGACAGAGGUUGCGGUCAUAUAAUCGACACACCUUGGUGGCCGACCCUUACGAAGAAGCCUGGAACCAGAUGUUGCUGAGGAGGCAGAAGGCUCGGCAGCUGGAACAGAAGAUAAACAACUACCUGACAGUGCCGACACACAAAAUCGAUUCGCCAACCAUGUCAAGGGCGCGCAUUGGCUCAGACCCUCUAGCUUAUGACCCCAAGCCGGACUCCGAGAACCUUCCUAUCAUCACCAUCGACCCUGCGUCCCCGCAGUCUCCUGAAUCUGUUGACUUGGUGAACGAGGCACUGAAGGGAAUGAGCCGCCUCCCACCAUCCCCAGAGGAAGACGAGGAUGAGGGGCUGGUAAUGCGGGCCAAAGAACCUUCCUCUCCAGGCACAGAUGACGUGUUCACCCCUGGAACUGGCGACAGCCCCAGUAACCAGCGGAUAAUGCGAUGCUUGAGUGACCCUGGGCCUAGGCCCGAUCCUGACGAGGGGGAACCCUUCAUCCCCAAAGGCCAGUGAGCUCCUCCCCAUGCACUUCUAGACCUGACCAGUAGGGGGAGCUUCCUGCAAACACACACAUACCUUGGGCUUUUCUCGGUUGCUUUCUCCUCUUCUCUCUCUCUCUCUCUCUCUCUCUCUCUCUCUCUCUCUCUGCUCUUCAUUUUGGAAGCUUUACUAGGAGGUGAGAAAUAAUAAUCUGAAUGGAACGCACAUCUUAUGCCAGCUUGGCUGUUUUGCUAAGGAAAGCGGAAGGCAUAGUGGGUGACCAAAAUCCCUUGUCCUGAAAAAUGCCAGAGCCCUGCUCAUCCCCUAUUCCGCAUUAAGAAGAGCAUCCCUUCCUCUGGGAUGGGUAGGGUGGCAUGCUUUGCCCCACUGCUACUUUUUCCCUUAGCGCCAAGAGACUGCUUUCGUUUGGGCACCUGAAGCCUCUUGUUCAUUUUCACUUUAGAGACCCCUCUUUUCUCCUUUUUCCUUUGUUGCUGCUCUGAUUUUCCUUUCCAAACACACUGGAGAAGGCGAGGAAGUGCAUCUUGUAUCAGGUAUAGCACAGUCUGGGGCAGGAUGGCCUGUUGUGUCACACCAAGCCGUACCCGGCAUUCCUGUGGGCCAGAGGUGAAGCUGGAACUCUGGGGGAUUCAAGUAUGGCUUUAAAUCACCAGCUGCACUUCUCUUCAUUUUUUCUGUAUAUUUUGCUUGUCGUCUUCUAGAGAUGGCGUUGGCAGUAGCUUCUCCGCUAAAGAGGGCUCUUGAAAGAAAACGCCGAGCCAGGCGUGCUUUAAACCAGGCGUGAUUUAUUUUAUUUUAUUUUAGAGCACUUCUGGCUUGGAAGGAGUGUGGCAUUUUUCUGACACCAGUUUUCUGCACCAGGUGGUUGGUUGGGUUAACAAAGCAUUCCAAUCAUAUAGAGUUUGUGGGUUUCUUUUAAAAUCCCAUGAAGCCAUACGAAAAUUAUUCUAGCCUUUUGGAAGUUCCAAAUUUCAGAGUCACCUGGUUUCUUUUUGUUUCACAAAUCUGUUAAGUGUAACUAAGCUGCUUGCUCCUAGAACCUGAGCGGUAAGUGUCUUCCGACACCAAGGACUGAUCACAUGUUGUCACCUGUCUAAAAUUCUCCAGCAUACCUUCCCCUCUUUUCCUGGAGUUACCCACUUUCUCAUCUUAGAAUCCAAAUUACCUUUUAAAAACACACACACAAAGAGCAUUUUGUUGACCAAAGACGACUACAUGGCUGUACAUAUAUAAUUGCUGGUUUAUUUUAACUUUGAAAAACAACAACAGUGGCACAGGGUAUCUGUUUCUUUAAAAGGCGACAAAUUAUUCUACAAAGCGCACUUAGGGUGCCUGCGCAGAGGGCUGUUCCACUUGUCCUUUGCCAACCUGGUGCCUUGCAGAUGCUUCGGGUAUGCAGUUUCCCAUCAGCCACAACCAAUGCAGGCUGGAGCUGAUGGGAGUUGUAGUCCAAAAUGUCUGGACGAUACCAGGCUGGCAAAGACUGCUUCUGUGAAAAGCUUUAAUAGCCUUUUUUCUGCCUAUAAACUUGAGAGCAUGAACUCUAAUAGGUAGCUGGAUUUGGGUGUUACCUUUCAGCAAUAUCAGCUGCAGAGGAGCCAGCUGCUUCUCCUUCCUGUGAGAACUAUCAACAGGGACAUCCUUUAACUGGUUUGUGACCCAUCGCCCUCUGACAAGCUCCUCUCAGCUCUGUUUUCCCUCACCUGCCUGCUAGAAUGUGCUCUCCCUCCGGCCUUCACUCUGCAGUGGGCAUCCUCCUCCGAUAGAUGGUGCUAGGCCAGUUGUUCCCAACUUGGUGCCCUCCAUAUGUUUUGGACUACAACUUUUAUCACUCCUGACCAUGGACCAUGCUGGCUGGGGCUGAUGGGAGUUGGAGUCUGCCAUUUUGGAGGGCACCCACAUUGACUACCCCAGAGCUGCUCCCAGCGCCUCUUUCAGUUACCUUACUUCUGGUUUCCAAAAAUCUAGCCCCUCAUUAUCCUAGCCUAUAAAACUCAUAUCUCCAUCCUUGAUCGCCAAAUUAUGUAUUACAGUGGAGCACCACAACUAUUCUACAACUGGGAAUAAAUCCAACCUUGCAAAUAAUAGCAAGGCUUUCAUGUCUUGAAGUACCAGGAAAUCCCCUCCAUCCCCCAGGUGGGGGUUCGCGAAGACAAAGUGUUGCCUACAGAGCAAGCAAAUCACAUGGUUGAGACGGUGCCUCUUCAAAGCAGCAGGUGUCGGAAGGGGCAUGGUUGAAUGUUCUCACAUGUGAAGGGGGGUGGACUCUGAAUGCGGGUUAUAACUUUUGCUCUGACAUGGUGGUUUCCAAUAUGCUGGGUAUUUAUUUAUAGAUAGGUGGGUAUAUGGGAGUCUUUCAGCUGCACUCCUGCCCUGCAUUCUCAAAUGAGGAGCUCCAUCAAAGAGUGGUCUGCUCCCUUUGUAGAGUUGGCCCUUAAGCCAAAGAUGGCUUUCCUGUGAAGGCAUUGCAGGGAUUUCCCCAUUGCUUACCCCCAAAGAAAAAGAAAGGAAUUCAGAAAGUGGAUAUAGAACUGUCUUGCUCAAUGAGGUUGCUUUCCCCUCUAUACCCGGGGUUUGGGACCCUAUGUUGCUUGACUACAACUCCCAUCAACAUCUGCCAACAUGCCCAACAGCCUGGGAUGAUGGGAAUUGUAGUCUUAAUAUCUGGAGGAUGAGAGGGCAGGCUUUCCCAACCUGGCACCCUCCAGAUAUUUGUGUCUUCGUCUCCCACAGGGCUUGUGGGAUGUCUGGAGGGCACCAGCUUUUUUGGGGGGGGGGCAAUCCUGUGUGUUAGGUUUCUGCCCUGCACUGAAGUGAUCUAUAUCUGCCCAGUCUGAGCUGAUUGUGUUUUGUUCCCCACCCCCUUUUCUGAGGAUGGGUGUGUUGGUGGUGGUGAUAAGACUAAGGUAGAGAGUAGAAUUGAGUUUCUGCACUUUAGACACCAGUUCUGGAUAUUGCAAAUCUGUUAUCAAAGCUUCUUUCAAGAAGUGUGCCCUCUACAGAGCCAUGCUGGUGCCUGCUGUCCCCCCCCUCCAGUAGUUCUUAGUUCCUCACCCCCAUCCCACCCCAUCCUGAAGGGGGCACCUUAGUUUUCUGCCCCCUGUGCUGUGCCUUUUUAGCCAUACAGUGUCUGCCUGCGCAAAAAUAAAAUAAAAAUGGUGUUGUGAUUUGCCACUCGCUCUGUCUGGUCACUCUGGGCUCCAGCCGGGACGGCUAGACUAGGCCUGUUAAUAGCUCUCUGUGCAAACCUGUCCAUCUUUUUCCCCACCCAAAUAGCAACACCCUCUUCUUCCUCCAGCAUGCUCCCCCCACAACAAACACACAAGAGGGGAAGAGCUGCAAGCGGCACAGAUAAGGGGGGGGGGAAGAGCGGCAGAAGGGGGCUGAUCUGUCUUGCCCCCACUCCCACCACACGGCUCUGUGUACUCUCGACCUAACCUGGGCCUUGCCAUAGCGCUCUGCUUCAGGCUGAGCAGAGAUCAGUAGACCGCAGUAGCCUGUAUGUGCUUUCAUGUACAAAUGUUCUCUCUCCAGCGGGAGCUGAUAAAGCAAUGAAAAAACUAUUGUAUAAAAAAAAAAGAAGUGUAAAGAGAGUCUUUUUACAUAAAUAUUCUAAUAAAUGAAUGUUUUAAUUUUUAGUGGCCUGUGCUGAUUCCUCCCUACCACUAUCUUACGUGUUCUCUGUUUUGUUUUUUAAACAUCACACACACACACACACAGGAUGCUGGGAAAGGUUAGCUAUUUUUGAUGAUUUUCGGAGACUUGGAGCACAUCAUCACCAUACAUUUAAAGCACUCAGGCCACUUUUAACAGUCAUUAAUUUUUAACCCCCAAAUAAUCCUGAGAACUGCAGUUUGUUGGCGUGCUAGGAGUUGUUGACCCUUGUUCCCCACACAAAACUAUAAUUCUCAUAGCCCCCUAGAAAGAAGGAUUGAUUGUUAAACCUCUCUGGGAAUUGUCACUCUGUGAGAGGAACAGAGGUCUCCUCGCAACUCUCAGCAUGCUUAACAACCGACAUCUCCCAUGAUUCUUUGGGGGAAAGCCAUGGCUGGUUAAAGUAGCAUAAUAGUGAUUUAAAUGUAUGAUAUGGAGGCAGAAACUCUCUCUUUACUCUGAAAAGGUCGAUCCAUGGAGGAGAGGGUAACUUGUGUUGAUUGGCCACCGGGCACCGACCUUCGCAUCUUGCGCCAAAGUGAGAAUGGCCCCCUGGGAGCAGGGCUUGGCAGGAACAGGGAGACCCACUUGGGCUGAUGAGAGCCUGGAUACAGGUUGAGGGAUAGUGAAGGGAGAGGCGAAUUAGCAAGAGUGGUAGGGCUUGGUUGCUUCAAACAGGCACAUCGCUGUCAAAGGAAAGGAAGGAAGGAAUGGGAGAAGGGGGAGGAAGAGAUGAUGGUGAUGCAAGUGAAAGAGAAGUCCCACCUGCACUAUCAUGCCACCUCAAUCAGCGAUGGCUUCCCCUGAAAAAUCCUGGGAGCUGUAGAUUUGUUAACCAUGUAGCUCCAACACGCUUAGGGGGGGUGCCACAAUUCACUGGACCACUAGGUGGCAACCUUCCUCCAAAUGUUACCCCAGCAAGUGAUAUUUAAGAAGAGUGUUGCUUAAUCAGACAAAAGGCCCAGCAUCCUGUUUUCCACAGUGGCCAACCAGAUGCCUAAGGGAAGCUCACAAGCAACAGCACCUUUCUCACUGCUAUUCCCUGGUAACUGGUAAUUCUGAGGCAUUUGACCCUGCAAGUUGCAUGUACUCGCCUUGCCUAGUAGUCAUUGGUAGCCUUGUGCUCCAUGAUUUUGUCUAGACAAUCCAUCUAUAGCUCUUUGUUUCUGGUAUAUGAGAUGACUGCAAUUUCCAUACACUCAGAAUAUAAGAAUUGAUCCAUUUCUUGCUCAACAUUCAAGCUUUCUCCGGGAAAAUAAACUGAACAGGUUGAGGCACUUCUGGAUGAAAUUAAUUAUCUGGAUCCAUUUCAGACUGGUUCCAGGCCAAGUUUCGGGACCAGGAAUGCUUUGGUUGGCCCUGGCAAAGGAGCUAUGCCAGGGGAGGGGACAAGCUGUGUUGGCACACCCAACUCCCAGUGCAUCAACUCUGGUAUCCUUGUGGAGCAUGACUCCGGGGAUUAAAGGAACCAUGCUGUAGUGCCCCGGACUGCUGCUAACUUUGCCGGGUUAUUCCAUAAAAUGGUUCUGCAAUAUUAAUCUUCUGUUUGGAAGUGUGUGUUUUGACGGGGUAGCUCAGGAAGCAGAAGGAGGAAGGGUAGCAGUGGCUGAGACUGGAAAAGCAUAAGGCAAUUCUCAAAAUUGUUGGGAAAUUCUGGGUUCUUUUUAAAACAGGAAUUUAUGCAGUGUAUGGAUAUCUGAACAAUGCAUUGAUGUUCGAUCUAAAGUACGGUAUGGUUACCAGAUUUUUUUCAAUGAAUCCGGUGACCCCCCUUUUUUUUUAGCUGAGCAGUAACAGGGAGUCAGUAGUGGGGGUGGUGAGGCAAAAGACACUGGGCCCAAGCACACAUGCAUAUUGUAGAAAGGUGCAAAGCCCUUCUUUCGCACCCUAUGAAACA